AUGCAGACUUCGGAUUGGAACUCAUCCUUAGUCAAGCGCCCAUAUACCGCCGAAUCCAUUGUAUCCAAGCGUGGUUCUUUCCCUACUGAAUACAGAUCCAAUGUUCAAGCCAAAAAGUUGUGGAACAUUCUUCAACACAACAAGGCCACCGGUCAUACUUCUCAUACAUUUGGUGCUCUUGAUCCUGUACAAGUCACUCAAAUGGCCCCUCACCUUGACACUGUCUAUGUUUCUGGAUGGCAAUGUUCUUCCACUGCUUCUACCUCUAACGAACCCGGACCUGAUCUUGCUGACUAUCCUAUGGACACUGUUCCCAAUAAGGUCGAACAUUUGUUCUUUGCCCAACUCUUCCAUGAUCGUAAGCAACGCGAAGCUCGUCUUUCCAUGACACCUGAAGAACGUGCAAAGACUCUCAAGAUUGAUUAUAUGAGACCUAUCAUUGCUGAUGGUGAUACUGGCCAUGGUGGUAUUACUGCUGUUAUGAAGUUGACCAAGAUGUUUGUUGAACGUGGUGCUGCUGGUAUCCAUGUUGAGGAUCAAUCUCCUGCUACUAAAAAGUGUGGGCAUAUGGCUGGUAAGGUAUUGGUGCCUAUUUCUGAACAUAUCAACCGCCUCGUUGCUAUUCGUGCUCAAUACGAUAUCAUGGGUGUUGACAACAUUGUUGUCGCUCGUACCGAUGCUGAAGCUGCCACUUUGAUCUCUAGCAACAUUGACCCUCGUGAUCAUGAAUUUAUUGUUGGUACAACAAAUCCUAACGUAAAGCCCUUGGCUACUGUGAUGCAUGAAGCUGAAUCCAAAGGUAUUCAAGGAGCCGCUCUCCAAGCUAUUGAGGAUGACUGGAUUUCCAAGGCUGGGUUAAAGCGUUACGGUACUGCUGUUGUCGAAGAACUCAUUAUUCAGGGUAAUGGUCAAUUGGCUGAGAAGUUCUUGUCAGACAUUCGCUUCAAGUCUAACGAUCAAGCUCGUGCUAUUGCCAAAAAUGAAUACGGUAUCAACAUCUUCUGGGAUUGGGAUUCUUGUAGAGUUCGUGAAGGCAUGUACCGCUACGAAGGUGGUACUGAAGCUGCUACUUCUCGUUCCAUUGCUUUUUCACCUUAUGCUGAUAUGCUUUGGAUGGAAACAAAGAAACCCAUUUUAUCUCAAGCUGAACAAUUUUCUAAGGGUGUCUUGAGUGCUUCGCCUGAUUCAUUAUUGUGUUAUAACUUGUCUCCUUCAUUUAACUGGGAUUCUGCUGGAUUAACCGAUAAUGAUAUGGGCUCCUUUAUACAAAAAUUGGGCAAAUUAGGUUUUGUCUGGCAAUUCAUCACCCUUGGCGGUCUUCAUGCUAAUGCUCUUGCUACUGCCACAUUUGCAAAGAGCUUUAAGGAAAGUGGUAUGUAUGGUUAUGUAUCUAAUGUGCAACGAAAGGAAAGAGAACAUGGAGUAGAUGUUCUGCAACACCAGAAAUGGUCGGGUGCCAACUAUGUAGAUGAAUUAAUGAAGGUGGUUACCGGUGGUAUGAGUGCCACUGCCGCCAUGGGCAAGGGUGUUACAGAAGACCAAUUUAAAUAAUGAUAGUAAAUAAACUUGUUUUGUUGUAGAUAGUCCUAUUGUCUAUAAAGUAGUGUAUGCAGCCAAAAGCCUGACUGAAACUUUGAGAAAUAAGAUCAGAGUAUAUAAUGACAAAAGUUUAUUGACAUCGAAUGCUAAGAUUCUUUUAUAUAAG